AUGGAUCCAGUAGCUAUUCUGAAGGCUGUCUAUAAAACGGCAGAAACUAUUCACGAAAUUGUAAAAGACGUCAAAGCUAAUCAGCAACAAUGCAAGCGAUUAAACCAAAGGAUUGAUACAAUCACAUCAGCCUUGAAAGCAAUGACUGGUAAAGAUCUACAACGAAGUGAGCUUCGAAAGUCACUGAAUAACUAUCGCCAUUGCAUUGAAGAUUGUUGUGAAUUUAUUACUCAAUUCAAUGACGAAAUAUCAUGGUUUUCGAAGAUCUUCCACAAACAAAACUAUAAAGAAGAAUUUGAAGAAUUAAACCUUCGACUUACUCAAUGUGCCGUUGAUCUUAAUUUAGGAAUUAAUUUGAAGCAAAUUUUUGAUCAUAAACUGGAUGUAAGCGACCAAGUAACGGAUCUAGAUGUUAUCAAAAGUAAACUUGAUGAAGUUGCAAAGUUGAUGGCACAAAGACAAGAUGAACAACUUCAAUGCUUUGAGAGAUUCGAGCAAACUCUCAACCAGCGAUUUAAUUCGUUUAAACAUAGACUCGAACAAGAUAUUUUGAAAAGAAGUGAAUCUCUGAAAGCAAAGAAAAUUGCUGAAGAAGAUCAUGCUUUUUUAGAUAUUCCAUAUUACGAUUUAGUGCAAGAAAAACGUAUCGGACGGGGUGCAUUUGCUGAUGUAUAUCGUGGAAAAUGGUUGCCUCAAGAUCAUGACGUAGCUAUCAAAGUCAUUCGAAUUCAAUAUAUAGAUGAAAGAGUUAAAGAAGAGCUCAUGAACGAAAUUUCAGUGAUGUACCGAAUUCGCUAUGAUCAUGUUCUUAAUAUAUUUGGUGCUUGUAUGGAGCCAGAUAAAUAUGCACUCAUCGUUGAAUAUAUGUCUCUUGGUUCGCUUUAUGAUGUUUUAAGACAGCAGACAUUACAAUUCUCAUGGUCUGAUCGAUGCUCAAUUGCUACUCAAAUGGUCAAAGGCGUCAAUUAUUUACACAAACUUCCAAAAUCCAUUAUCCAUCGUGAUAUCAAAUCAUUGAACAUCCUUAUGACAGAACAUGGAAAAGACUUUCUUGUUAAAAUUGCUGACUUUGGUCUUGCCAAAAUACGUCACGAAACAUUAUGUCAAUCGUCCUAUGUGCCGCCAGUUGGUAGUUUGCAUUGGAAAGCUCCUGAAUUAUUUAAAUUAGGUGGAAAACAUACAGAGGCUAGUGACGUAUAUGCUAUGGGCGUUGUACUAUGGGAACUAGCAACAGGAUGUGAACCAUACACAGAUACUGAUGUAUCUAUGAUCUCUGUAUGUGUUCUACAGGGACAACGGAUGGAUAUUCCUUCAAACGUUCCCGGUUCGUUCGCGAAGCUGAUUGCAAAAGCUUGGGCACAUGAACAACAAAAGCGGCCAACCUGUCAAGAGCUUCUUAAUUCAAUAAAAGAGAUCACCAUGGAACUAGAUAUAAAUAAUAAACCAACGACUGAUGCUGCUUGUGUCAAACCCAAAAUUAUAAUACGCCCACGUACAACAGAACAAAACAAGACGAAAUUUAACAAAUGGAAAGAAAAUGGAAUUAUCUGUGCAGGAGGAAGUGGAAGAGGAAAUCGAUUAAAUCAACUUGAUUAUCCUUAUGGGAUCUUUAUCGAUCAUUCCAACAAUAUUUUCAUUGCUGAUUGUGCGAAUCACCGUAUUGUUGAAUGGAAAUGCCAUUCGGACGAAGGACAAAUUAUUGCUGGGAAAAAUGGAAGAGGAAACGGAAAUGAUCAGUUAUCUCAUCCAAUGGAUGUUCUUUUUGAUAAACAAAAUAAUUCUCUGAUCAUUUCUGAUUGUGGGAAUAGACGAUUAAUCCGAUGUUUUCGUCAAAAUAAAACAAAACAACAAAUUCUCAUUUCUGAUAUCGAUUGUUGGGGUCUGUCGAUGGAUAAAAAUGGAUUGAUUUAUGUUUCUGAUCGAGAGAAGGAUGAAGUGAGACGAUGGAAAGAAGGAGAUGAAAGAGGAACAAUUGUUGCAGGUGGAAAUGGAAAUGGAAAUCGUCGCAAUCAACUCAAUGAACCUACUUUUAUCUUUGUUGAUAAAGAUGAUUCUCUUUAUAUAUCAGAUAAACACAAUCAUCGUGUGAUGAAAUGGAGAAAAGAUGCAAAAGAAGGAACUGUUGUUGCUGGUGGAAAUGGUCAAGGAAAUAGUCUCAAACAAUUGUCUCAACCUGCAGGAGUAAUUGUUGAUCAUUUGGGUAAAAUUUAUGUGGCAGAUAGUGGAAAUGAUCGAGUGAUGCGUUGGUGUGAAGGAAACGCAGAAGGUGAAAUUGUUGUUGGUGGAAAUGGAGAAGGAAAAGAAUUAAAUCAAUUGAAUUAUCCCAUUGGUUUGUCAUUUGAUGAUAAAGAGAAUCUUUACGUUGCUGAUUAUUAUAAUAAUCGAAUAUUAAAAUAUGAAAAAUCGGCUGAUUAA